AUGACUAUUGAUAAACCCGCUCGCUUCAUCAUUCCGACGGUCGAUCUAGGCCCGUAUCUGGCUAACCCGUCCUCGGAAGAGUCGUCCAAGGUCGUCGAACAAGUCCGUCAGGCUUGUAUCACCAGUGGCUUCUUCCAAAUUGUUAACCACGGCGUCUCCAAGGAGUUGCAGGGUCGAGUAUCGAAGGCGGCUGAGGCGGUCUUCGCCUUGCCACUCGAGGAGAAGAAGCAGCUCAGGCACCCGACACUGAAGAACAGAGGUUAUGAGAUUAUCGGAUCCCAAGCACUCCAGGAAGGAGCGUUGCCUGACUUGAAAGAGGGUUUCUAUAUCGGCCAACAUAUACCGCCAGAGGAUGAGCGGACCAAGAUCCACCCUCACCUGAUUGGGCCCAAUAUAUUUCCAUCAAGUAUCCCCGAGGGAGUUCUGAAAACACCUACGGAGGAGUACUACAGGGAGUGCCUCGGUUUGGCUUCCAAGAUUAUGGAGAUUCUGGCGAAAGGCCUGCCUUAUGGAAACGACAUCUUCGUCCCCUUCAUGUCCAAUGACCCUGUGUGCUCAAUUAGGUUGCUGCAUUACCCACCUCAAAAGUCUACCGACGCCAGACAGCUCGGCGCCGGUGCUCAUACAGAUUUCGGCGCAAUCACUCUGCUUUGGCAGGACAUGUCUGGCGGCCUCGAGGUCCUUAACGGCAACACCAACGAGUGGAUCCCCAUCGACCCCAACCCGGAUGCAUACGUCGUCAACGUCGGCGACAUGCUGUCGAUCUGGACCAAGAAUGCCUAUAAGAGCGCCGUGCACCGGGUCAUCAACAAGAGCAAUAAGGACCGGUACUCGGUGCCGUUUUUCGUCGACGGAAACACCGACGUCAAGCUUGUGCCGUUCGAUGGUAGCGAGCCGCUGACCGGCAAGGUGAUCACGGCCGAGGAGCAUAUGCUGGAGCGGUUUGGUACGACGUACGGUCGGGCGGCUGCUGCUGCUAAGGCUAGUUAG